GAGAAAGCGAAUAAAGGGCAAUGAAGGGAAGGAAAUAACAAGAGUGGAAUUACUCCACCGACUUACAUAGUAGAAAGAGAAGACGACUUAGGAUCUCAAAAUCCGUGACGCAUCGAUAUCAUGCGUAGUCUUAUUCAAUCCAAUUGAAUCUGUAGUCGUUGUUGGUAGGGAGAAAGUAAACGCUUCACACUAUGGUAUUCAUGUGUGUUUAGAUUUAUUGAUAAGGUAUUUAGUACAAAAAAUUUAAGGUUAAAGCCCUCUGUAUUAUCGUUGUAAAUGAAGAAUAAUGGGUUUAAACUUCUUUACGGUAAAAAGCGAAAAUAUUUUUCGCUUGUGCAUAGUAAGUUAUUUUGUUUUACCUAUAGUGCCGAUUGAAAGCGAACCGCAAUAUAAUGAUAAAUUUGAAAUUAUGACGUCGAUGAUACCCAAGGAUGAAAUGUUAACACAAAAUAAGGAUAACCUAAGCUUUAUACAUGCACUUAUAGCUUCUUUGUCAGUAAUUGUUGUCUCUGAGUUAGGAGACAAAACAUUUUUUAUUGCUGCUAUAAUGGCAAUGAAACAUCCACGACUGACAGUUUUUGUUGGGGCAAUAAGUGCUUUAGCUCUCAUGACUAUUCUUUCAGUGAUUUUUGGAUAUGCUGCAACUAUAAUUCCACGUGCAUAUACGUAUUACAUUUCUACUGCUCUUUUUGCUUUGUUCGGUUUGAAAAUGUUACGAGAUGGUUAUAAAAUGUCUGUGACAGAAGCACAAGAGGAAUUAGAAGAAGUACAAACUGAUUUAAGGAAACGAGAUGAUGAGUAUGAAAAGGAAACAGGAAGUAUAUCAAUACAGGAUCCAGAGACUGGUGUUAUAAGAAAAACUGCAAAAAUUAGUGCAUUAAUGCUUUUAUCUAGGAUAUUCCUUCAAGCGUUUACAUUAACAUUUGUUGCAGAAUGGGGAGACCGUUCACAACUUACCACUAUUAUACUUGCAGCAAGAGAGGAUGUUUAUGGAGUUGUAGUAGGUGGAAUAUUAGGACAUAUGUUUUGUACAGGAUUAGCAGUAUUAGGAGGUAGAAUGAUAGCUCAGAAAAUUUCAGUACGAACAGUGACCAUAAUUGGCGGAUUAGUGUUUCUACUGUUUGCUUUUACAGCACUUUUUAUCAGCCCUUCGGAAGAUAUAUGAAACCACAGACAGUAUUUACCUACAGUGUGUAACAAAAGUAAGUAACUACCUGGAGUUUGUAGUAAGAAACAUUUGUGCAUAGGCAAAUAUUCAACUUUACAAAACGAAUUUUACAUCUGUUUAAACAAUGAAACGAGCUACAUAACUAUACUGAUAAUACUGUUAUUAAUUAAUAAUCUAUUCAUAAAAAAAGAUAAGAAAAUACGAUAUGCGAUGAUCGCAUGAUCUAAACACAACAUAUAUUUCUUGAUAAGUUUUUAAUCUUUCUUAUCUUGGAAUCUUUAAAAAAUGAUUGUUCUAUAUUUUUGUGUCGGAGACAAAUCUGUAAACUCGUUUUUUUCAGUAUAUAUAGUAUUUUAGAAAAUCAAAUUUGGAGAAAAAUUUCAAAUUUCCAACUUUAGAAAUAUUUUAUGCUUUUAUGACUGCAACUAUGCAAUCCACUUUUAAUACCGAAUUAUUUUAUAGAAUCAUUGUAAUCAAUGUAAUUAUUUAAAUAUAUUUAACGCUAUUUCUACUACGAUUUUGUGUAUACCUGUUUCGACCAAAAGGUGCCUUUCCACACCUUUUCUUUCGACUGCAAAUAAUUACCAAAACAGUUGGGAUUUCAAAUUAUCAGUUAAAUAUAGAUAAUUUGGGGAACAUAUUUAUUGAUACAUUAAUGUGUUUUUAUUAGAAAUUACUUAAUCACGUUGUAAAUUCUAGCUUAAUUCAUAAUCUACAAAAUAUAAAUAUAGCGCUGUACACUAAAAUGCAACAUGGCGGGAAAUAAGCGAAUAUCAAGGUUAUGCCGCAACUCCUGGAUUUUCCAUUACAACUGAAAUCAGAAUUCUCGAAUCUGAUUGUUAGUAAUAUGAGGAUGCAAAAUAUUGCUGAUAUUUAUACAUAAAAUGGUUUAAAAUUAGGCACUGUCAUGAAGUCCUUAAGGUGUCAAAAGACAGCUUAUGGUUAAAAUAAGUAUAUCAUAUGCGUAUUUUCAGAUCUAGAAUAAAUUAAAAGAAAAUGAUACCACUGAA